GCAUUGCGACGACGGCGCGAUGAGUCGACGGCCAUCGAGCUGCCAGUCGUGCCACUGCCACCAUCAGGUGGAGUCGCCCUCUGACAGCCUCCGGCAGCCACAUCUGGAGGACGACGGUUCAGAUCUUCCAUCUCUAUGCGCGCCACCCAGCGUAUUCGGUUGCCUGAUAGGGGCUCGAAACAAGAUGAGGGGGCUCCGAAUUCGAAUGCCUGUCUGUCUAGGGUGGGGAUCCGCCAUGGUACUCAACCACGAUUACCGCUUCAACGCUGUAGCUAUUCCUCGACAAGAGAAUUCCGCUGCCUCCCGACCGCAAAUUCCCAUCCAGAGUCGAAACAAGACGAGAUGAAGAAGAGAGAAACUCUGGACAGAGUGAGGCAUAUGGCCCGCUUUGUCCGAGCUUGUGGGGAACGGGUCGGGUAUCAUCAGCAUAUGGCCAUUGCUUCCUGGCCAGUGGCCAAGGCUAGAGCCCAGGGGGCCAACACUCCAACGACACGGAUGCCAGAACGAAGAGACUGCUCGAGGUUGCAGUAUGUCGCGUUGAGACGAAUGACUAGACUUCUUCGGGAAUAUGAAAUUUGGGAGUCUACUGGUCCAGGGAGCGACGCGGAAACUCGUCUAGUAGACCAGUUGAUUGGCGACGUUACGGAUUGCUCAUUGGAGAGAGGCGCGAGCAAAAGCUGCAACAUCUGUCGCGCGGCCGCCACAGAGUGUCAGGGCCCAGAGCCCCCAUGAAGGUCCCAUCAAAAACGGGUCUUCUUUAUUGCUCCAUCCAGAGACCGAGAGACCUCCACGGUACGGAUGCACUACGGUUUUCUCCUCAAGCCAGUCAGUCGGGUCGACACGCCGAUUAUCCCGGGCCUGCCCAC